AUGGGAUUUGUUCUGGAAAUAUUUUAUCUGCUGUCCUUUCUGACAUUUGCCCCCAAGCAGGAGAAGGCAAAAACGGUGCGCUUAGCCAUUGCAAUGAUGGUUUCUUUUGUGAUGGUUGUCGCAGUUACUAUUUAUGCGAUGCACACACACAGUGUCAGACAGUUACUGGUUGGCACUUUAGGUGUGAUCCUUUCCAUUGUUAUGUAUGCCUCCCCAUUAUCUGUCGUGGGAGCUGUUAUUAAAACCAAAAGUGUAAAGUACAUUCCAUUUUUGGUCUCCCUAUUCAGCACGCUAAAUGCACUUGUCUGGUCUGCAUACUCUGUAAUGGCCAAGAAUAUCUUUAUAGCUGUGCCCAAUGGCAUUGGUUUCCUUCUAGGAAUAGCUCAGCUCGUUGUUUACUUCAUUUACAGAAGUUCAGAGCCUGUUUUACCUGUAUCUACUGAACUUCAUGAACUUCCUUAA